UUGUAUAAGCAAGAAGCAAUAUCUAUGGCAGCGAAUCUUCGUGAUACAUUGUAUGGCAUCUUUGAGGAAUAUAAGAAUUCUACUAGUGAUAUCUACAAUAUGGUUGAAGUAGCAUCCAGUAGUGGUGGAGUGCAUGGUCAUUAUGUUAGGCAUGAUGAUUUCUUUGGUUUUGAGACAUAUAAGAGUCAACUUAUUGGUUCAGAUUCAAGCAAGUCACAAUUGGAUUUAUACUUGGAAGAGGCUCGAUUUGACCAUAAGUUGCACGAGGAUUUGAAUGUUAUAGGGUAUUGAAAGUCCCAUAGUAAUCGUUUCCUAGAACUUUCCUUGAUGGCAUGUGAUAUUUUGAGCAUUCCCAUUACUAUUGUUGCCUUGGAGUCUGCAUUUAGUAUUGGUGGCCGCAUUCUUGAUAAGUUUCGCAGUUCUCUUUUGCCACAAACUGCAGAAGCUUUGUUAUGUGCUCGUGAUUGGCUAUGUGGAGUACCAGCUGUACAUGAUUUUGAGGAAGAAAGUCUUGUGGAGGAUUUUGGCAACUUGUGCCUAUCUCAAUCUAGUUCAUAUGUUGAUGAGGAUUAGGUGAAAGGAAGC